GUCGCCGUGAUGGGCAGGCGAAAGCGCACGGAGAGCUCGGGGUCGAUGGCGGCUGCGCGUUGCAAGCAGUGGCCUCACUGAGCGCUGGGUUGGUUGAUACAAGAGCACUGGCCUUCCAGGGUGCCUUUUGCAAGCCGGCGAGUUGCGUGGAUAGAGCUGGAGCUUUAUGCUUCCUGGGCCGGAAAAGGGCCAGAGGGGAUUUAUUUAGUAUAACUGGGAAAGUUAAAAGAAACUGAGAAACCUUGAAUGAAGCGAUCUCUUGGUGGAGCUAGAAGAAAAAAUUGAACUUCAUAUCUCUGUCACAUCCAAGUAUAAAGGCCAAGCAUGUCAGGAAUCAAGAGAGCAAUAGAAGAGAAAGACCCAGACUAUGAAGAGAUCUCAGUUGUACAUACAAACAAACGUCAUAAAGCCGUUGAACAGUCAGCUCGAAAUGCUGCAGUAUUGAAAAUUGAGGACAUUAUUAAAGAGCAGUUUUCGGUAGAAAUGAAGAACAAAGAGCAUGAGAUUGAAGUCAUAGAUCAGCGCCUGAUUGAAGCAAGAAGAAUGAUGGAUAAACUGCGUGCUUGCAUCGUUGCAAACUAUUAUGCUUCUGCUGGUCUUCUUAAAGUUGGAGAAGGAACCAAGACGUGUGACCCCAUGGUAUUUAACCACCCAUCCAUCAAGAAAUGUGUGGAUUCUCCAUCUAGAUCAUCAUCUCCAGCCAAUCAAGGUUCAGAAACCCUGUCAAUUAACCAUUCAGAAUGUGAGUCAUCUCAACAUAUAGACUACUUGAUGGGAAAAGACAAUGGUAUCCUGGAGGCAGAAGAGAGAUUGUCCAGCAAACUGGACCAGAGACCCCAGAAGAAUUCUGGACAGGGCACUUCUGGUGUUGCAAGUGAUCGCAAAGGAGGACUGAGAAAUGCUAGUCUGCCAAAUGAUGACAAUUCACGGCUGUUUGUAAAGAAAACCAUAGUGGUCGGCAACGUCUCCAAGUACAUUCCUCCUGAUAAAAGAGAAGAAAAUGAUCAAUCCACUCAUAAAUGGAUGGUCUAUGUACGUGGGUCCCGAAGAGAGCCCAGCAUUGAUCAUUUUGUUAAGAAAGUCUGGUUCUUCCUUCAUCCCAGCUAUAAACCUAAUGAUCUUGUUGAAGUCAGAGAGCCUCCUUUCCAUCUCACAAGGCGAGGCUGGGGUGAGUUUCCUGUGAGGGUUCAGAUCCACUUCAAGGAUAUCCGGAACAAAAGAAUUGACAUCAUACACCAUCUAAAGUUGGAUAGAACAUAUACCGGUCUGCAGACACUGGGAGCUGAAACGGUAGUGGAUGUUGAGUUGCAUCGGCAUUCCCUUCGAGAAGAAUAUCUGUUCUCCCAGUCUUCAGAUUCGGAUCUUUCUGAUGCCCCUACCUCUCUGCAAUUGCCACUAAAUAUGCCAGCCCCUGUUAAGGCAUCUUCACCUAUUAAACAAAUGCACGAAUCCAUUUCAGAUGCUUCUGUUGAAAAAGGUAAAGACCUGCAUGGGUUCAGCACUGAAGCUGAAAGACAUACAACUUUUUACUCCUUGCCAUCAUCCUUAGAAAGAACUCCCACAAAGCUGGCAGCACAAAAAGUUACUUUUGGCUCCCACAGCAACUCAGCUUUUCAGCCAAUUGCAGCAAGUUGCAAAAUAGUGCCUCAAGGCCAAAAUCCGAGCCCUGCUGAAUCGCCUGGCAAGUCUUUCCAGCCAAUCACAAUGAGCUGCAAGAUUGUAUCAGGUUCUCCAAUAUCAACCCCAAGUCCUUCUCCUCUACCUCGUACUCCAACCUCUACGCCAGUGCACAUGAAGCAAGGAACUGCCACCCCUGUAGUUAGUAACCCUUAUGUUAUUGUGGAUAAGCCUGGUCAACCAAUUGGAGCAGUGGCUACCAGCACAAGUAGUCCUGCAAGUAAGGUUACUAGUGUCUCACAAGCCUCUCAUGGAGCUGGGUCUCCGAUCUCAAAGAACCAUGGAAGCAGUUCUGUAACCUCUUCAGUCAAGCAAGAGGAUUCACUCUUUGCAACCAUGCCGCCUCUUUGUCCAAUUGGGAGUCACUCCAAGGUACAAAGCCCUAAAUCUGUGACAGGAGGACUUGGAACAUUUACAAAGGUGAUUAUAAAGCAGGAGCCUGGAGAACUGCCCCAGCAAUCUCCAGCACCGCCAGCUGGGGCAGCUUCUCAGACCUCUGUGCCACAGUAUGUCACUGUCAAAGGAAGUCACAUGAUUGCUUUGUCACCUCAGAAGCAGUUAGUGAGCACGGGAGAAGGCUCCACACCAUCCAAGGUCAUUGGUGUUCCUGUUGGGUCUGCUUUACCUGCAACUGUCAAGCAAGCAGUGGCUAUUGGUGGUGGGCAGAUAUUAGUGGCAAAAACCAACCCAGCAGUAGCAAAGACAGUUGGCACAAAACAAGUUGUAACACAAGGAGUAGCCAAAGCAAUCGUGAGUGGUGGUGGGGGAACCAUUCUUGCUCAGCCCGUGCAGAGUUUAACAAAGGCUCAGGUUACAUCAACAGGAGUUCCAAAAAGUGGAUCCCAAGGAUCAGUGAUGGCAACACUACAGUUACCUGCCACUAACUUGGCAAAUCUACCACCUGGCACAAAACUCUACCUUACCACAAACAGCAAGAACCCUUCUGGGAAAGGAAAACUGCUGCUUAUACCACAAGGAGCCAUUCUGCGAGCUACGAAUAAUGCCAAUCUCCAGUCAGGUUCUUCCACAAGCGGAGGUGGAGCAACCCAAAGCACAAGCACUGGCUUAUCUCAGCAUCUCACCUACACGUCUUAUAUCCUCAAACAAACGCCUCAGGGCACAUUUUUAGUUGGUCAGCCAUCUCAGCCAAGUUCUGCAAAGCAAGUGGCAACAGGGACAGUAGUCCUAAGUAAUACAGGUGCUGGAACAUCAUCGGCACAAGGACAUCAGGCAUUGAAAGUAAUAACUGGACACAAAACUGCUACUUUAUUUGCACAGGCGGCUUCUGGUGGACAAGCAUCACUGAUGAAAAUAUCAGACAAUGCACUGAAGUCUGUGCCAACAUCAUCACAACUCUCAAAGCCAGGUACUACUGUGCUAAGAGUGUCUGGUGGUGUGAUUACCACAGCAACAACGUCAGCCGUGACGCUUCCAUCAAAUGGAGUUGCGCAGCAAGGAGACAAUGCAAGUUCCAGUUCAUCUCCAGCUGUGAGCUCUGUAGUGAAGGCCUCUGGGCAGCAGCAGCAGCAGCAGCAAGUUGCUCUCAACCAAGCACCAGCAGCCUCUGCAGUACCAAAUAAAACAAGUGCAUCUGCAGUUGUUAGCAUUGCUUCUUUUGUGACAACCCCAGCUCCUGUAUCUGGAAAAACUGCAGUUUCAGGGUUGUUAAAAAUCCAUUCCGGCCAAAACAGCUCACAGCAGGCUGUUUUGACAGUGCCUAGCCAACUCAAACAAUUGGGUGUGAGUGCUGCUUCUGGAGGAGUUCAGACUAUACUGAUGCCUGUGAACAAAGUGAUACAGUCACUUUCUUCCAGCAAAGUGUCUUCUGUCACACCUGUGACUUCCGCUACCUCAGUAGUUUCCAGCCCUUCUAUGGUACCAGUUGCUAAAGUUAAGCAGGAGCCUGAUUCUGCAGGACAGAGCUGCAGUUCUGUGGUCUCCCAAGAUGGUCAGGUGACAGUGAAAGCUGAGGAGAGCUCUGAACUUGGAAAUUACAUCAUCAGGACAGAAUAUUUAGACAACCUCCAGCAGCUCUUGACAGCAAUAGUGAAGAAAAUUCCAUUAAUUACUGAGAAAACUGAAGAUGCAAAUUAUUUCUGUGCCAGUUCAGUGGAACAAUAUUAUAGCUGGAAUAUUGGGAAACGGAGGGCUGCUGAGUGGCAACGAGGACUGACAGUAAGAAAAAUCCUCCAAGAAAUCAUAGAGAAGCACCCAAAAUUUCAUAGUAUUAGUCCCCUGAAAACUAAGCAGGUUGUACAUUGGUGUCGUUGCCGAGGCUAUACACCACCUGAUCCAGAAACACUGAGGAGUGAAGACUCCAUAGAGGAUAUACUGACACAAAUAGACAAUGAACCAGAAUGCUCAUCUUCUUAUACUGCUGGAGAAGAGAUGUGUCGAAAGCUUGAAGAGCUGGAGCGUUUCCUCAAGCAGGAGCCAGAAAAUGAUGAAGAAGAAGUGGAUGUUCUUAGCAUUACUGAGCCUGUGAAAAUAAACAUUAAAAAGGAGCAGGAGGAGAAGCAAGAGGAGGCAAAGUUCUUCCUGAACUCCCAGCCUGCUUCAGAGUUUGUGAGCGAGACAGCGCAGCAGAUUGGAAUUUCCUUUCAGCCUGUAGAGCUGCAUAAGAAUAUUUAUGCCUCAGUAAUAGAAGAUAUGAUUUUAAAGGCCACAGAACAAUUGGCAAGUGAUAUAUUAAGAGAAGCAGUGGCUAUUGGCUACCAAAGAGCUCCUCACAAUAGGAUGCCAAGAGAGAUCACUGUGAUGAAUAUCCACCAAGCCAUCUGUAACAUUCCCUUUCUGGACUUCCUUACAAACAAGCAUAUGGGAAUACUGAGUGAAGAACAGUGAUCUGGGCUGAAAAGUGACAAUGUCUGAAUAUGUACUUUAGUUCUAAAGAGCUAGGUUACCUUGCAGUAACAAGAUACUUGAAUACUAUAAAGUAAGGUUCUAAUUUGGGGAAGGGGAUUUUUUUAAGGAAACAAAAGUAACUUUUUAAUAAGUUUAAAAUAUUGCUAUCAGAUUUAAUUGGUAGUUGUUCCUAAGUCAUCUUGCUGUAACAGUUCUGAUUAAUCCAUUAGAUCAUGGCCUAAGUUAUUGGGGAUAUGCUUCUAGUAUGAAAAUUAUUCAUUACAUAGGACCCCCAUAAGAAUAAUCUAAAGAUGCCUUUGGGAGGUUAACAGCCCCUGGCAUGGAGAUGAAAGUCAGUGAGUGACUUAACGUGCAGGUACCCCCUUAGAAGUCAUUGGACUUAGAAGGGUACAGCUCUUCUUAGGAUGGCACUGUGUGACAAGUACACUUGAAAGCUGUGAAUAAUUAUCCAAUUGUGGUGCAAAAUGACAAAGUAAACUCUCAGAACAGAUUUUCAUUAAUGGAAGUGGUCACAGCUUGAUGUCACUUGGUUGGGCAAUAAAUGUCAUUCAUGCUGUAAGUGAUAAGAUUUUGCCUUUUUGUCCUAUGAACUGCCAUUGGCUUGAGAUCAUUUGCUUGGCUGGAAAAUAAAGCUUUUAUAGUUGGAGAGCU